AUGAAAAAUAGGCAUAUUAGUUUGUACAGCUACAUUGCUUUCUUAUUCAUUAUGUAUGGUGUCUGGCAUUUAACAAUACAAUCUAAGAAACAUGGAGGGUAUAAUGUUAGUGAGUUGCCUGAUCUCAUUUAAGAAUUACAAAAUGCAAUCAAACCUCACUUAACUUUCAAUGUUUUGAACAUUUUUACAGAAGAAGAGAUGAAUACAUUUAAUUAAACAAUUUAUUAGAAGUAUUCUGAAUUUGAAAUUGAAUUUAAUAUUGUCUAGGAUAUUCCUUAAGAUUAAGAUAAGAAUGGGUAUUUAAUAUCAUUCUACUAGAUUGCUUAUAAAUAUACAGAAAGCACAAUAUACAUUUUUAUUCAUUCAGAAAUUGGAUAAAAUUACCAUUAUGACAUAAGAUUUAAAUGACCCUUCCAUAUUUAAAAAUUUAAGAAGAUAUUUAAAUAAGUUUUACCCUCUUGUCGAAAAAGAAUUGCAAUUAGAAAGUCGAUAGUUUUAUGCCAAUAGAUUGUUGAUUUUUGAUUUCUUUAUCAUAAGUAAUCUAUACUAUUACUAUUUUCUAGAAAAAGUUGAAAAUAACCAUAGCAUUGAUGUAAUUACUGAAAUUGAAUAGAGUGUUCUUAAAUUACAGAAGUAUUUUGGGUUGUCAACGGAAAAUAUAAGAAUAAACUAUAAGUUCAUAGAUGGCUUCAACAUCGAAAUUGCAAACAAACGAAUUAAGUUGUAGAAAUAAACAAUUAAUAAUUUUUUGGAUCAAUCAAAAUAACAACAUAAUAUGAAUUGGAAGGAGUAUUUCCAAAUGAAUAUUCUUACCAUAUUAACGGAUGAAGAUAUUAAUAUAGAUUUAGAUACCAAUGAAAAUGUGUAAUUUUAUUAUUCAGAACCUUCAUACUUUAUGUUUUAAGUAAAUUCUUAAUCAACAUUGUUCAAAAAUAUAUUCAAUACAUUUAUGCAGGUUUUAUAAUUGGAAGAACAGUAAGAAAUAAUGAUUGAGAAUCAAGAUUUUAGGCCAUCCUUGGAAUUAAUCAGAGAUUACUUUUAAAGGAGAGAAUUUUCAAGGCACAUUUUAAAUUUCAUAAAAGAACUGCAAUAUAUCUAAUUUAUCUAAUCGGAAGGGGAAUACAAAAUAAGUCUGAAGAGUCAAAAAGAAUUUGAAAACCGAGUCUAAUACAUUAAGGAUACAUUGUUGAGCAAGAAUGUAAGUAGAACAGAUUCCGUAAAUAUUUUGAUUGAUGAUUCCUUUUCUGAUCUUGAUACUUUUUCUUUUGAAUACACGUAAAGACAUUCAUUUACAUAAUUAGUUUGGGAAUGUAUUUACCUUUGAUUUUGCCUUUUGCUUAUCCAAUAUUAUUGAGUAUAUAUGAUGAGUUCUAUCAAUGA